CGUGUGACUGGUGGAACGAAACAGGGUAUGUGGUGCAAGAAUGGAAUGUUUUAGAACAGACGGUGCUAACUGCAAGGAGGAUGCGGAGACGACAGGACUCAGAGGCAGUUGGUGGAAAAACUACUGUCAGGAAACCACCACCAGGAAGAGCCAGCACGCGAGUCUGCAGGGGAGGAGUCGGGCCAACAUCCGGCGGACCAAAGGAGACCAAUGAGGGAGCGCCAAGGAUACCUGAAGAAGACACAGAACCAAUAGUGAAUCAGUAGAUUGUACUUUAAAAUUGUUCUGGGAAACUCGGAUGUAGAGUACGUCGGCUGAGUGAACAGAGACGUACAGGGUUGUAAUGAGGUGGACCCGAGACCCAGAUGCCUGGUGCUGGUCCAUGGGUCUGAGUCGACUGGAUGUAUUUUACAGAAGGCUGCUCCUUGGCAAACUCUUCAUUGGAGGUUGGGGAAAGCCUGAAGACCUCAAGAGAAUUUUUGAGUUCCGUAAGAUCAUUGCUGAUCGAGAGAGAUGUAGGUCUCUGGUACCCAAGGACUAUCCAGUGUAUAUAAACAAGACAGAGAGGGAGACUGAUUGUUACAUCCAUGACGGUUUCUUCAUUUCACCUCUGGAGAACUUAGUUCCUGGGAUCCUGCCAACUGAGGCUGUGAAAGCAAGGUUCCAAUUUAUAGUUCCUAAAAGAUGGCAAGGCAACAGACCAGUAUGUAUCCACUUGGCUGGCACUGGGGACCAUUUUUUCUGGCGUCGAAGGACCCUGAUGGCCAGGCCCAUGGUCAAAGAAGCAGGAAUGGCUUCCCUACUUUUGGAGAACCCAUAUUAUGGCUAUCGUAAACCAAAAGACCAGUUACGAUCCUGUCUCAAGAAUGUCUCAGACCUGUUUGUGAUGGGUGGAGCUCUGAUCUUGGAGUCCUCUGUGCUGCUUCAUUGGCUUGAAAGCGAGGGGUACUCACCGGUUGGAAUGACUGGUAUUUCCAUGGGGGGAUAUAUGUCGUCAUUAGCAGUGACUAAUUGGCCGAAGCCUAUCCCUCUCAUUCCAUGCCUGUCAUGGUCCACUGCCUCGAGUGUCUUCACCACGGGUGUGCUAAGUAAAGCAGUGAAUUGGUCGGAGCUGGAGAAGCAAUAUGCCAUUAAUUCAGUGUAUGAAGAAGAGAUCAUUAAGCUGUUGGAGUAUUGUGGGGCUGACUCCUUCAAGAUGUCUCAAGACUUUGUAAAAUGUUCUUCGGGUAGAGGGGAUUCUUUCGAUCAUCUGCUAGACCAGCCAAGAGGAGACACGGUGUCAAUGGACUGUUCCUCAAGGACAGGAGGAAAGGCAGAAAUUGGGCCUGGCCUGUGGAUUGGAGAGGGCAUGGUUACAGACAAACUCGACAUAUUAUCAUCAGUGGACAACACCAAGACACGUUUAGACUCUUUGCCAAGGGGCUUCCAAGCAAAGAAAUGGUUGACUGGCACAAAGGAAGAUUCAGCCAAAAUCUGCAGGCCAUCAUUACACAACGAGUCGAUAAGCUUCAUGAAGGGAGUGAUGGAUGAGUUUACACACAUGGCCAAUUUCUCCGUCCCCGUUGACACCAGUCUGAUCAUCGUGGUGCAGGCCAAAGAAGAUGCCUAUAUCCCUCGUGCAGGGGUCCUUAGUCUCCAGGAGAUUUGGCCUGGCUGUGAAAUCCGUUAUCUGAAUGGAGGACAUAUCAGUGCUUAUCUGUUCAAACAGAACAUCUUCAGGCUAUCUAUGAUGCAUUCACCAGAUUCUGCCAGAAGUAUCCUCACCUCCUCUAGCUUUAGCAGUGUUGAUGCCCUUAUCCGUGUAACAGCAACUUGCACUGUGUGCGCACAUCCGUCCAUGCAUGCUCUGGCGUGUGUGUAUUUUCUAUAGUUCAAUUUUACAGUCCUUCCCCACAAUCCACUUGCAAUUUAUCUCAGCCUGUAUUAGAGAAUGUAAUUGUGCAGCUUAAAACUUUUUCAUGUAAAGAGAUUGUAAUAAAUAUUAUAACUUCUCUAUAACUCACAUUUUGCCAACCAAAACAAUUUGUUUUCAUGGAUGUUUUAAAACAUUUAUUGUCAUGCUUUACUGCAUUGUUGUGUAACUUGUACUGCAAUUGACAGAAACCUUGUUAUCCUACACCUUCUUGUUUACCCUCAACCCCAUUUAGAAUUACUAUACCAUUUCUUCCAUGGUCCUUAUUUGCAAACAAGUCCCAAUAUGUUAUCUAAAUUGUGCAAAUUUAGAACAAUACAAUUUUUCCAAAUGUAUGGUGGUUUUUUUAUUAAAGAGUGUUAUUUGGUAUUGUUAAUUUUGACGUGAUUUCAUUUUCUCAAGUAUUUUAAAUUACAUUUCUGUCACUGAUAUUUUUAAAAGGUACAAGCUUUUUAGGGGUGGAGGGAGUCUGCACUAAAUUCAAUCAAAAAACAAAAACAUUGUUCAGUACAAACAAAAGUGGAUGUACAUUUGAAUUUGACCAUAACUAAUUUUGGAACAAUAUAAAUUUCAUAAGUCAUGCUAUUUUAGUACAAUUCAGUGCAUUGUUCUUUUUUUUUGUACAUCCGUAAGUAGAAUACCAUGUUACCUCUUUUAUCUCUUAAAGGCUUCUCUUGUCAUCACAGUAUAAACCGAAAACUGUUUUUUGGUACCCUUUGUUAAAAAUUUUGCCUGUUCACCCACUUGGCUAAAAAUGUGCUACAGUAUGCCAAUCCUCAACUUGUCUUAACAUGACUCAUCAUUUCAAACCAUAAGAUGAAUCUCCAAGAAUGUGUUUGUUUGGGGAGUGGUGAUGCCUAUGGUGCUACAGUGGACCAAGUUAACUAUGAAAAGAAAAGUGUCCUGUUCAUUUUCAUAAUAUUAAAUUUACAAUUAUCUAUUAAAAUUUAUCACAUCAA